AGCUCGGUACUUCCAUCAUGGCAGGCAGUAAGUUGGUGCUAGAAGGAAGAGUAAGUAUAAAAUCAUUUAUUUUAGGACUCAGCGUGGUUGUAAUCCCAUUGAUCAGAACGUGGUUUGGACAUCUCGACUGGGUCUUUGAUUAUCUGACUGAAACUCCUGGGAAGAUCGUGAUUUGUAUCCACAUAGCAGUUGCGAACGGCCUGCUGCUGCUCGUCUACAGGGGACCUCUGUACAAGGUUGCUGUGAGAGCCUGUUUUCUGGGAGUGACUUUUGGCUGUGGUUUAAUUAUCAGCUUCUCUGAAACCACCUGGACACAUUUUGGCUGGUACAUGUGCUCCCUGUCCUUCUUCCAUUACUCUGAGUACCUGGUGACGGCCAUCAUUAACCCUCGCAGCCUGUCCCUGGACUCGUUCCUCCUCAACCACAGUGUGGAGUACACUCUGGCUGCCAUCUCCUCAUGGGUGGAGUUCACUGUGGAGAAGCUGACUGUUCCAGAGCUGAAGCAGCUGAAUUGGCUGAGCGUGGUGGGUCUGCUCCUGGUGCUAUGUGGUGAGGGCCUGCGUAAGGCGGCCAUGUUGACGGCCGGCUCCAACUUCAACCACAUUGUUCAGAAUGAAAAGGCCCAGAGCCACGUGCUGGUCACCAGCGGGGUCUACUCCUACUUCAGACACCCCUCCUAUGUGGGCUGGUUCUACUGGAGCACAGGGACGCAGGUCAUGCUGUGUAACCCGGUGUGUAUAUUGGGCUACACGAUAGCCAGCUGGCGGUUCUUCCGGGAGCGAAUCGAGGAGGAGGAGCUCUCCCUCAUUCAUUUUUUUGCAGAGGACUACGUGGAGUACAAGAAGAGGGUCCCCACCGGACUGCCCUUCAUCUCAGGCAUCCGGGUCAACUAGUGUCAUGAGCUGAAUGCUGGACGUAACGACUUAAAGCACUAAGGCGGGUCAGGUCUGGUGGUGUAUGACGUCUGUCAUUGCGGCCGCCCUCCAGAGGGAAACCCUGCAGCUGAAUGAGAGCCUGUAGCUCACAGACAAAUUGUGAUAACUGGGACAGUGGCAGGCAGCUGGGCUGCUGUUUUUCUACCAACUUCCAAAACCCAGUUAAAGACAAGAAAAUCUCCACUGUCCUCCGUGUAUUCCAAUAACACCCACUCCAUCCGUUCAGUUGUGUUUGUUUGCAUGCUUUGACCAUGCUUAGUGUUUUCACUGAUCACCUGUUGUGUUGGAAAAAAAAAGAGACUGCACUUUGGUGUCAUACCUGCAGAGUGACAUUACUACUCCUGCAGCAUAAUCUCAUGUUUCUGCACACCAGAGGUAAAUGCACUACUGCCACUGUCUCCUCAUACCACCAGAGGCUCUGCCACAAGCUGUGUUAGGGUUCAUUUAAAGGGACACUUCACCCCCAAAUUUAAAAACUGCAUUCAUUUUCUUAUGUGUAGUGCUUCAUCAGUCUAAAUGGUUUUGGUGUGUUGCAGAAUGUUGUAUGAGUGCCUGAGUUCAUACUUUUAGCUUGCCUAAGCUAGCUAACAUUAGAGCAUGUGCCACUUGUCUUUGAGUAGCUGCACACUGUCGUCUGCUCCAUGAUAGCAUUGGCAAAAAAUAGAAGAGAAUAGUUCCUACAUGAAACUGCUCACAGCAAAGUUGUUGUUUUUUAAUCUCAGUUUUAGCACCAGAAGUGAAAUGCUCUAUAGUCCUAUUUGAGAGCAGGCAGGCAUCUCAACAGCUAAUAUCUACAACACUUGUAACAAAACAAUCUAGAUUGAUAAGUAGCACGGCAGGUAAGAGGAAAAAUGUGUGUGUUUGAUUCUGGGGUGAAAUGUCCCUGUUCAAGCAACAGUCUAAUCCAAAUAUUUCCAGUAGUGUCCACAUUAAUAUGUCCUUUUUAAAUGUGGAUCAAGGAUAUUACAAUUGUUCUAGAGUGUAUAGCUCUUCAGCACCACCUGGGUGAUCCAGUGCAUCCACUUAGUGGUAAUUAGAACAAAAGGUGAUAUUUUUUAUUUAAGAAUUUAUCUUCAGAAGUAUUAUUUAAAAAUAAUAGAAUGAAUAAAAUGUAUAAAUAAGGUUUUUGGGAUUGUCUUAAUGUAGUUUAGGCUGGUAUCUAUUCUCUUGGUCAUACCAUCCUGAUAUUUUUCUUGGGUUUACACCAGGAUUUAGCUGAGUGGUGAGUUUACUAUGUUCCAUUAGCUCUUGUCAAGAAAGUUAAUAUUCUCACACUUCGCUUAUUAAACAGAAAAAUAAAUCCAUACACCCUU